AUGAAGCAGAUUCAGGAUCUUCAAUAUGGAAAUGCAGGAUCUGCGAGUCCAUUUAUCACAAAGUCCAUGGUCAAAGUAUUCAUUGAGCUUGCUGUACUUCUUGCAGACUCAGCGUCGAUGGCAUCCCAGCACAUUGACUCUCUUGAUGCUGAUAUCAAAGGAGCCAGCCAGAGCAAAGAUAACGCUGAAAAUGCACGGAAUUCAAGCCCAAUAAAUUCAGUCAGAUCGCCAAACGAAUCUUUGAAUUUUGGGAAGACACAAAUUCGAGAUGAUGAUACGGGGUUGGCAGAUACAAGAUCCAAUGAUAUGGACAUGGAAAGUUUAUCUACAGCAUCAGACGCCCAACUAUUUUCAGAAAAUAAGUGCCCUGUACCUCAGGGAAGUGAUUUCUUCUGCCGCCGCAAUGACCACAUUGAUCAAAUCUAUCUAUAUCUCAUUCAAGCACAACAAGAAUGUUUAGUUGUAUCUUGUUCGGAAGACGACUUUGAGGACUUAGAUACCUAUAAUGGCGUUGACCGGGAUUUGACCUUGCUCCGGGAGGAACUUGACAUUAUACAACGCACUGUCAAGAAACAACUCGAAUUGGUAAAUACUCUACGCAAAGAUAAAUCAUGUCGCAAGAGAGACAAUAGGUAUAGUAUCGACAUCAACGACACUUUUAGUCGGACGUUAUUCGAAGUAUUGUAUUCGGCCAGUCCUGAUGCAUGUGGCGAGGCUGUGAUCAACACCUCCACGAGAAAGGUUUUGAAGGCGAUAGAAACAGAUCUCCAGGAGAGGACAGAGGUAUUUUAUGAGCUGAUCAAGCAAGUCGAGCGUCAUGAAACACAUAUCAUCCAACGGGUCGAUAUCAUCCAAGAAGAUCAUGGAAAAGCUACCUUGAUCUUCACGAUCGUGGCGACAAUAUUUCUUCCGCUUUCUUUCGUGAGCAGCUACUUAGGUAUGAACACGGCUGAUAUUCGGAAUAUGGAUGCCAAACAAGUUCUCUUUUGGGAGGUGGCGACACCUUUUACUGUGGUCGUAGUUUCUGUUGUUCUGUUGGUGGCGUAUAAUGCCAGACGCAUUCUGGGAUGGUCAUCUCAAGAACAGCUCUAA